ACUAGAAUCCGUCGCGGCAUUGGACUUGGUGACGUAUUUUUCCGCGACGCCACUAGAGACGUAUUCAACAAAAAUAUGCCGGAACAAUGCAAGCCUUUUGAGUCGAGUUUCAGCGACGGAUGCCCACCCGAGGACUGGUGCAUCGGCUGUACGGUGUGUGACUGCGACGCCAAUGGCCGCUGGGACUGCCACGUGCUCAGCUUCUGCGACAAAACUACAAGGAAACCUUCAAAGAAACGCAAAGGUAACUACAGAAGGACAGUCAUCAGAAAAACACAAGUGAAACCUAACAACACAAGUAAAGCCGUCACCAUCAAGCCGAUAGCUAAACCGCCGCCAAAGAUCAUUAGAAAGGUUAUCAAGAAACCAGCAAUCCUCAAUACUCGGACGAAAAGACAGCCGCAAACACACAAAAAUAUCAAUAAAAAAGAUCCAAAAAACAUUAAUAGAAGCAAACCUAAUAAGGUAAUAAGGAGGAAGGUUCCUCAAAAGAAAAUCAUCAAGAAAGAUGUAGCAAGGAAGCCUAUUAAAAUAAACAACGGGCCAAACCAAAUAGUAUUGCCUACUACUCCGAAGUUUGCUCAGGCUGUAGUUCAACAAAUGCUAAAAGCUGUCCAACAACUGAUGAAGAAUGAUGUGAAGAAAGGAAAUUCAUCGAAGAUCUUAAAAGCAGUUGAUAAGAAACGGCCAAAUACACAGAAACAGGACAAGAAGGCUCUGAUGAAAAGGUUUUCGACUAUAAUUAGACAAAGCGCGAAACAGAUCAAAGUGAAUACAGAUAAUGUUAAUAAGAAAAAAACUGCGCGAACUAAGAGAGAAGUUGAUGAUAGCGAACAUUUGAAAGUCAUUAGCGUCGUACCAAUUGUUAAAGAGAACGUAACCGUGUCAGAUAAAAUAAUCCCUAUAAAGGAAGAAGAGACAUCCACUGAAAAUCCAAGAAAGCUUUUAAGUACCUUCAGCCUUCCAAAUGAUACUACGACUAGUCCCAUUCCCACCACUACUAUUACGACAGAACCAACGUUCUUCUAUGAAGUGACAGAUGAUCAAACAAGCAUUAAAAUAGAUUCGACCACUAAUACACCUUUAAUGACGCAUACGCUAAAGCCAGAAAACAAUGUAACUCUGCAUAAUACCACAAGUGAGAAAUGGAGACAAAUUAUGAACAUCACGAAAUAUGUUCCAGAUUUUAAAAUUGCUACUGAAAAUAUUAUACAUUUGUUAAACAAUAUGACGGGUGCCAAUGAUUUAAAAUUCAAAAAUGGUACCAGAUAAAACUUUUAAAAGAUAGGGAGAAAUAUUUCAAAAUAGGACAAUUUAAAGAGAAAGAAAUUAAUAUGUUCUAUAAUAACAACAAAUCUAGAAAUAAUACAUUCGUUCAUUUAAAGCCAAAUGUUUAUUCUCAAGAUAUAAAAAGAAAGAUCGAUAUGCCAAAGAGAAAUAAAAUAAGGAAAAUUAUUUUAAGUCCAAGAAUAAUUAAAGAUAGUGUAAAUACAACAUACCUGAACAAAAAAGUCAGUAAUUUACAAAGCAUAUUUAAAAAUAUAUUGAAGGAAUUUAAUAAGAAUACAACUAAAACAAAAUCAGGAAGCAAAAAAUUAUAUGGUCAAAUACAUGAGAAAUCUAUUUAAUAAUUUACUACGUAGAGGUAAAUCCAACAUGACUAGAUCAAAAACUGAAAUACUUCUAGAAAAGCAAUACACUAUUAACAUGCUCUGUGAAAAUAUUGGCUCCUGCAAUCUAAAUCCUAGAGAUAGGAGACUGUUAGACGCCAAAGUGACGCAACUAGGCGUUGAAACUGACAAGGUUUUGAAAAUAAUAAAAAUAAUUAAAGGUCUAUUACAUCUCGUCGAUAUUCCAACGGACAAUCAAAUUAUAAACACCAUAAAUAAGCCAAAAUCUAAUUUGAAAGAUGACGUUAAUAAGCUCAACAUCAUACUACGUGAUUCAUACAUAAACGAUUUAAAACCAAAGUCACUAUCUCAGACACAAGCAACACAAAUUGACUACAUAAAGAAAAACACCCAAGAGUUCAUCCACGCAGUGGCAAAUUUUGGUAAAAUACUCAACGAAAUCAUAUCACUUUUAAAGAAAAACAACAGAAAUGUUAAAAAACGUAAAGUCAACGAGGUGCAAGAACAUAAAUUUAGCAACUCUGAAGCGUUUCAAAAUUUAAGAGAUUUAUUAAUAAGAUAUGAUAUUACACAGAACUCAUUUUUUAAGAAGAUCUACGAUUAUAUGACUGUGUUUGAACUGAAAUUAAAAAAGGACAAUCAGAAGACAGCAAGCGUUGACAGAGAACUAAAGAAUAUGGCUAACAUAGAUAACUUUUCGAGAAAUAUAGUAACAAAUUUACGAAAAUUGACACAACUUGCUCAAAAUAUAAAUUCUCGGACGAAGAGAGAGGUAAUGAGAGACAAUGACGCUGUUGAAUAUUUGUUGAUGUUAAUGGAGUACUUGUUGAAACAGAACUAUUCUUUGGAUGCAGCACCUGCAAACGACGGCAUCGAUAUGCUUAUAGAAGCUAUAAAAAACGCUCCGGAUAUUAAACCGAUAAAGAAAAAAGUACUAGAGUACACACCAGCUAUAUUUCCAACAAGAACCGUUCCUGAAAAAAAUAAAAGAGG